UUGUGUCACAUGACCCGAGUGUGUCCUCAAAGGGGAAGGGAAGCGGCGGCGGAGAUGGGUAUGGCGAAGCGAGCGCUCCCGCGUCUGGUAGCCUCUUUGCGGCCGCUCAGCUCAACAGCCAGUCCUCUUCCCAGGCACGUUAAAAUAGUUGAGGUUGGUCCACGGGACGGCCUGCAGAAUGAAAAGAACAUUGUCCCCACACAAGUGAAAAUAGACUUUAUCAACAUGCUGUCAGAAACUGGUCUUUCAGUCAUAGAAGCUACCAGUUUUGUGUCUCCAAAAUGGGUUCCUCAGAUGGCAGAUCAUGCUGAAGUCAUGCAAGGCAUUCACAAGGUUUCGGGCAUCAACUACCCCGUUCUGACCCCCAAUCUUAAAGGCUUUCAAGCAGCGGUGGCAGCAGGAGCCAAGGAGGUGUCAAUCUUUGGGGCAGCCUCAGAGCUCUUCACGAAGAAGAACAUCAACUGCUCCAUUGAUGAAAGCCUACAGAGAUUUAGUGAUGUGCUGAGUGCAGCAAAAGAAGCCAGCGUCCCGGUCCGAGGGUAUGUCUCCUGUGUCCUUGGCUGUCCUUACGAAGGAAAGAUUGCUCCAGCUAAAGUAGCAGAAGUGUCAAAGAAAAUGUAUGCCAUGGGUUGCUAUGAGAUCUCAUUGGGUGACACCAUUGGUGUUGGGACACCUGGCGCCAUGAGGGAGAUGCUCUCUGCAGUCAUGAAAGAGGUUCCUGUCGAGGCUCUCGCAGCGCAUUGCCACGAUACUUAUGGGCAGGCCCUGGCCAACACGCUGGUGGCGCUCCAGAUGGGUGUAAGUGUGGUUGAUUCCUCAGUGGCCGGUCUUGGAGGCUGCCCCUAUGCACAAGGAGCUUCUGGGAAUGUCGCAACUGAAGAUAUGGUGUACAUGCUUCAUGGCCUGGGCAUCCAUACAGGUGUGGACCUACCGAAGCUCCUUGAUGCCGGCGCCUUCAUCUGCAAAGCACUGAACAGGAAGACCAGUUCAAAAGUGGCCCAGGCAUCUUGCAAACUGUGAAACAGACCAUGCCUUCACCAGACUGAGAGCAAAAGGGCACCAGUGGUCUGGCAUCUGCCAGCUCACCUAGUUUUAUUGAAGCACUCUUUGCCAGGACGUUCAGAUUUUACUGUGCAAUUGGUCUGGGACACUGUAUGCACUUGAACCCUGCUGGAUCUCUAGGACCUCUUCGGAAAGAUCUCUAAUUCUGCUAGUUGCUGCUGGCCUCCAAAGAGUUGGGGAAAUAGUCCUUGGUUCUUGCUGUUCUGCAUGCUUCUUUUGAGCUGAUGUCGCAGUUUGGAGUACAGCUGCGUGGAAGAAACCAUUCUCUUGGAGUGAAAUGCGCGUCAAACUAAUAGUUCUCAGCAUCAGAAAGUUAUUGUGUCCAUCCCCUUCCUGUGGCAUUUCAUGCUGACUGAAUCGUCAAAUCUAGGCAGCAUCAAACUCACUGGUGGGACAGAAAUCAGUGUCCCACUAAGUAAAAUCAGUUGAUUGUUGAAUUGUGCCACUUACAGGUGGAUGCAGAUGCAACUAUAGAGUUGCCUUUAAGGUCAUCUGACUAACAGGGAAUUUCCAUCCUUCAGUAUACUUGUCUUAAGCCACUUUUUGCUACAUGGCAUUUUUUGAAGGUCUGUGUUAAAGGAACAUAGCUGGCAGUUUUCUCUAGUACAUCACCAGUUUCCUAGAGAGAAUUCCAGCCUUUUCCACAUUGGUGUACCAACACAUGUUUGUUUCGAGGUGCCCUGUUGAGCAAGAAAUGGUUCACUGAGACAUGCAAGUCGUGUGCCUUUUCCAGCCAGAAUUACUCCUGUAAACUCACUCAUUGGCAGCCAGUUUAAUGGAAAGGAUGUUUGUUCUUUCUUAGCCUUUUUUAUUAAAACCUAUUUUUUCUUUAAGUCUAUUUAAGAAAUAUUUCGUUCCUUAAUAAAGGAGAUUUCUGUGUCA